UUUUACUCUGCUUGAACACGUGCACGUGUGUUAACGAUUGAAUAUUGAUGAAAUGUUUGUAAUUAAUAAUAAGAUCUAAAUAAUUUAUAAACGUAUCUGAACGAGAUGGAAUUGAAUGAAGAAAUUGAACCAAAAUUAAAAAAAUUUCACGAACUUGAGUUGGAUGACAGGAUAUUAAAGGCUAUCACGAAACUAGGUUGGAUGGAACCUACAUUAAUACAAGACAAAGUGAUACCUUUGUUAUUGGAAGGAAAGGAUCUCUUAAUCAAGGCUCGUACAGGUUCAGGUAAAACUGCCGCCUUUGUAGUACCGCUUAUUCAGAAAAUAUUGAUAAACAAACGGAUACAAGAGAAACAGGAGAUCAAAGGCCUGAUCAUCGCACCUAGCAAGGAAUUGUGCAGGCAAAUUCAUGAUGUUAUUGUGAGCUUAACGACAAAAUGCUGUAGGGAAGUCAGAACAAUUGAUCUUAGUUUACAAACGGAUUUAAAUGCGCAAAAACUUUUACUGAGAGAUAUGCCAGAUAUUGUUGUGGUUACACCAGGUCGAUUGCUACAGCAUUUAAAAGCAAAAAAUUUAAUGCUGAAACAUAGUCUCGAUACAUUAAUAAUUGAUGAAGCUGAUUUGCUAUUUUCAUUUGGAUACGAAAAGGAUUUAAAAGCUGUAUUAGCUUAUCUACCAACGGUAUAUCAAGCGGUUUUGGCUUCUGCUACAUUGUCUGAAGAUGUUCAAAGUUUAAAAAAAUUAAUUCUUCACAAUCCUGCAAUUUUAAAGUUAGAAGAGCCACCAUUAGCUCCUCCUACACAAUUGGCUCACUAUACUUUGGCUGCAGAAGAAAAUGAUAAAGCUGCCAUUUUAUAUGCUUUAUUAAAACUACAUUUAAUUAGAGGCAAAUCUAUAAUUUUUGUACAUACUGUGGAUAGAUGCUAUAAAUUGAAAUUAUUCUUAGAGCAAUUUGGUAUUCCAACUUGUGUUUUAAAUUCCGAGUUACCAGCAACUUCAAGAUGUAGAGCGGUUUCACAAUUUAACAAUGGCACUUAUGAUAUUAUAAUAGCAUCAGAUGAGAAAAUAUUGGAAGAGGUAAUCUGAAAUGAUAUUGGACAACGUCUACGAAUCAAAAAGAAGAACGCUAUUAGAAGCAAUGUUUGGAAAAUAAUUUUCUUCUAAU